CAGAGAGAACUUUGCUAAUACGAAAAGCCACAACUGCUUUGUGAGGACGACUCUCUUGAUUUCUGCUCUUCUACUCGAGCAAGCAGGGAGAUUAUUUGUGUGUGUGACUUAGCUUGUGUACGUUUCUGCUGAGAGAUACAAAACUCAACAAGGACAAAGCCAGAGGAUGAGAUUCAGCCUGGUGUUUGCCGCUCUCCUCUGCUUCACCACAUGGAUGAGCACCGUCCAUGCAACCAAUGGACCGGUCGCCAGCUGUUGUCUCCAGUGGUCAAACACUCUUCAAAGAGUUCCACUUGAAAAUAUUGUGAAUUACACCCUUCAGACUGUCGGCCUCUGUCCAAUCAAAGCUGUAGUAUUUGAGACGAAGCGUGGAAAGAGGAUUUGCUCCGAUCCUGACAGUGCCCGGGCGAAAAAAGUCAUUCUGAAAGUGGACAAGGAGAAAGAAACAAAAGAACCACAAGAUAAGCCACAGACUGAAGCAAGGUCAGCAAGCACCAUCGCACCAGCAGUGUCCAGUACAUCAAAAAACUUGUUUGACGCAAAGAAUGGAACCAGCAUUUACUCCGACCCUGACAAUGAAGGGACAACAAAAGCCAUGCAGGAGGUGGACAAGGAGGAAGAGAAAAUAGCAUUGCAAGAUAAGCCACAGACUGAAUCGAAGUCAGCAAGCACCAUCGCACCAGCAGUGUCCAGUGCAUCAAAAAACUUGUUUGAGGCAAAGAAUGGAACCAGCGUUUACUCCGAUCCUGACAAUGAAGGGGCAACAAAAGCCAUGCAGGAGGUGGACAAGGAGGAAGAGAAAACAGCAUUGCAAGAUAAGCCACAGACUGAAGCAAGGUUUGACGCAAAGAAUGGAACCAGCGUUUGCUCCGACCCUGAUGAUGAAUCGGCAACAAAAGCCAUGCAGAAGGUGGACAAGGAGGAAGAGAAAACAGCAUUGCAAGAUAAGCCACAGACUGAAGCGAGGUCAGCAAGCACCAACGUACCAGCAGUGUCCAGUACAUCAAAAAACGCACCACAGAGCACACGCAGCUAUAGAAGGAGACGCCAGAGGAAGAGGUCCAAGGGACUGAGGAACUGGCAGAGAAGACUUGCGUGAGGAAGUGUAAGACAAGUUACCACGGUCAGCAAACUUUACUCUUUCUAAUCGGACAUGUCCUGCUGUUUUGCAUCAAUAGUAAACAAACCUGAAACCAAAAAACAAGCUUUUCUAGAUGUAUCUGUGAUUAAAUGUGCAAUAUAUAUUUUAAUGUCUGUUGAUCACACCUUGUUGUCAUAAACUUUUGUAUGUCAGUCAAAGGAACACACACUUUGACCUUUUCCUUUCAGUUGUCAAUAAAGAUUUUGUUUUGGGCAAA